AUGGCGAUCGGUUCUGAGAUAAUAGGGAACAAGAAAACCCAUCACCAAACCGCCAUCCCAACGGAGGAUUCGCAGCCAUUGCUGCACCUCCCUCAAGAAAUUAUCUUCGACAUACUCUCGAGACUGCCCAUUAAGUCUCUUCUGCGAUUUCAGAGACUCGUUUUGAAUGCUUACCCUAAUCGUACUGGACGGAAGUCAUGUUUACUUGACUCUAUAAUGGAGUGUAAACUACCGGAGAAUGCGGUUGAAUUUGAUUAUCCAUCUAAAGAACCUAAUCAAUUUGUUUAUAUUGUGGGUUCGUGUAAUGGGUUAAUGUGCGUUGCUGCUGAUAUAUGGAGUACUAAUAAAAGGACUAUAUAUCUAUGGAACCCAUCUACUAGGAAAUCUAAGAGAUUGCCAGAUUUGGGAGUUAGGAGGGGGUGGAAUUGGCACGAUUUAUAUGGGUUUGGGUUUGAUGAGUCCAAUGAUGACUACAAAGUGGUGCUAACAUUCUGCGAUAGUGGUGGUGGGGUUUCAGCUGAUAGGAAAGUGAUGGUUUGUACGUUAAGGACAGACUCGUGGAGACAAAUUGGAGGCUUUUCUUGUGAUGUUCCUUUUGGUGUUUUUGGGAAAUUUUUGAAUGGGUCGAUCCAUUGGGUUGCACGUGACAACUAG